AAGAAAGAAAGAAAAAAAAAACACAUGUAUUCCUGACAGCCCAUUGGUCCAAAUUUUCCCUGUGCUGCCACAAUACAGCACACACGUGACCUCCCCUGUUUUCACCCAGUUAAACGCAUGUACUUAAAAGACAGGCCACUACCAUUCACCAACACACAAGCACGAUAAACACAGUAUUCAUGUCAGAAAGGUAAGAUCGCUGGUACUGGGGGGACUCGGAUCACUGGACGUGGACCAUGGCGGCUGCCACGAGCAGCAACACAUCCACAGCCACGCUACAGAUCAAGCACUCCAGUAUCGAGCAUACGCGGAAACGCAUAGACCCGAGGAGGAGGCAAGCGGCGCUGUCUUUUCUCAGCAACAUUUCUCUGGAUGGACGACCCGUGCAAGACGAUGCAGACAAUCAAAACGAAGAGGAUAACUCGCUCGAAGCUAGGACUAGACACAGCCUGGUUUCUCCGGAGCGCACGACGCUCGGAGCCGCUGGCGCCGCCGCUGCUGCUGCGGCUGCGGCGGCGGCGGCGGCGACCACGGCCGCCCAGGCGCUCGCUUUUGCAAACCAGGCUCUGCUCGCCAACAGUCGGGCCAGUUUUGGGACAAGUCCCGCAGCUGCCCAGGUGAACACGGACCCGGAUGGCGACGCUUUUGUGCCCUCCACGUUCAGCUCGCCAUUCUCCGCGGUCCCGAUCUCGACUAGAGGGAGGCUGCAGACCUACACUCAGGGAAUCCUACCUGCCCCUUACUCCAGACAAACCUCCCAGAACUACAGCCUGGAGGGCGGACAGAUAGCCAACUCUGCGAUAGAGCUGCAGAGAUCAAGACGAAGACUCAUCUCUCAGCGCUCUUCACUUGAAACGCUAGAGGACAUUGAGGAGAAUGCUCCUCUACGCAGAUGCCGAACCCUAUCGGGUUCACCCCGACCAAAGAGCUUUAAGAAGAUCCACUUCAUAAAGAACAUGAGGCAACAUGAUAUGCGCAAUGGAAGGAUAGUCCUUAUCAGUGGCAGAAGAUCCUUCUAUAGUGUAUUUUCUGUCCUGCCCUAUCGAGAUUGUAGCCAAGCAGGGGAUGUAAAGCUGGAAGGAGGGCGUCAACGGCACCCGUCAGGAGGCGUCAGUGCCAAGGAGAUGGUGAUUGGACUAGAGGGAGUGGAGUUAGGAGCUGAUGGAAAGACUGUGUCCUACACCCAGUUCUUGUAUCCCACUAAUGUGCUGGGUGGUCGAAGAAACACCAUCGACUCCACCUCGUCAUUCUCUCAGUCUCGUAACGCCAGCCAUAGAAGCCUCAGUUUGGGCCGAGCCAACAGCAACCAGAGCAGCUUAGACACAGGGAAUGACUUGGGGGACUUUCGUGAAUAUGACCCCAAUUUGUUGGAUGACCCGCAGUGGCCUUGUGGAAAACACAAGAGAGUCCUCAUCUUCCCCUCCUACAUGACUACGGUCAUUGAAUACGUCAAACCCUCUGACCUCAAGAAGGACAUGAACGAAACCUUCAAGGAGAAAUUCCCCCACAUAAGGCUCACACUCAGCAAGAUUAGGAGCUUGAAAAGGGAGAUAAGGAAGUUGGCUCAGGAUGAAUGUGGUUACGAGGAACCGACAGUGGCCAUGGCUUUCGUCUACUUUGAAAAACUCGUUCUUCAAGGCAAACUAAACAAGCAGAAUCGUAAACUCUGUGCCGGAGCUUGUGUCCUUCUGGCGGCCAAGAUUGGUGGUGAUCUCAAGAAACAUGAGGUCAAGCUCUUGAUAGACAAACUGGAAGAGCGGUUCAGAGUGAACCGCAGAGAGCUGAUAGCCUUCGAGUUCCCCGUCCUGGUGGCGUUAGAGUUCAACCUGCACCUGCCAGAACACGAGAUCAUGCCCCACUACAGACGGCUGCUGCAGACUUCCUAGCAUUAGUGACCCAUCAGGAGGAUGACCACCAGACUCUCCUCCUGAUCCCUCUGCUUCCCACGGUAUCCAUCCUCCCCACCCCUCUCCUCAGUCUGAUAGCUGUAAGGUACCGCUGGCCCUUCAUCACUACCGACAACAUGCUCCUUCCUCUCAGAGACUUGAAACCAGCCAAAGGGACACACAUUUCUAAAACGUUCCUCCAUCGUUUGACUUCAUCAUCACUACACAGACUUCUGAAAGAAAAGAGUCAACAGUCUGCAAGCAAGUCAUUUUUCUAGUUUGCAUGUUUUCACACGUCUUCAUCUCCACUUUGUAUAUUUUAGACCUCUCUUGUUGAUUAAGAGAGCUUUGAAACUGAUAGCGAGCUUCGUUUUUUUUUUUGCAACCAAUGAUUGUAACAUUUUUAUCAUCUCUUUUCAUUAAUCUCAUUCUUGUAAGCUUUAGUAUGAUUGGUUGCCUCCUGGCCUGCGGGGGGGAGAUUUCAAUGAAAGCCUUUAAGUGGCUGGUUUUGGCUGGACUUCUUCUAUUCCUCAGAGUGACUCAUCCGUUCGCAAGUCAUCGUCUUAAAAGUGCACUUUUUGAAUAUUGCGAGAGACACAACGGGGGGAGGGGGACAUUUUUUCAGACUUUUAACGAGCUUGGGAACUAACCCUGAAAAAUAAGCUGUGUUCAUAAGCACCACACACACACAAGUCAUUUGAAUGGACCUUUUGAAUGGUUUUUCUCUCUUUUUGGUUUAUUCCAGAUUUUCUAGCCACAAACUAUCUGCAUGAAUAGUAUUGAUUGUUUGUACACAGGUACUUGCAGACAAGAUGGGACUUCCUAUUUUCACUGAAGUAUUCCAUUCAUUUUCUACCAGUCAAAUGCUUGCUAUGGACGUAUGGAGACCAGACCCACUUUUAUCAGUGUCGAAUUUCCUGUGCUCUAUGUUAGAGUGUAUUGCUAGCACAUUUACAGUGCUAUAAUGGGGUCAGGAUGGUAGUUUUUGAAGUCCAUGAGUGCAAAAAUGCCAUAAAGCAGUGAUCAGGAUUAGCAGCGGAGUGGCAGCAGGGUGCUUUAUUGUUAAGAGAAAAAUGUCCAUCACCUAGAGGAUGUGGGCGAAGACCCCGUGCCAGUAAGUGCACUUGAGCAAGACACUGAAUCCCAAAAGGCUUUAGGGGACAUGUCUGUUUAGUUGACCUGUCCUCUGAUCGAGGAGAACCUAAACGAGAUCCCAACAGGGAUCAAUCAUGAAUCUGCGUAUAACUUGAAUCAGCAUUUAUUGAUUUUAAAUCUUGAGGUUUUUUUUUGUUUUUUUUUUUAAAGAAAAACCAACUGCAAUGUGACCAAUUUUAAAAAAACAACAACGUAUUAUUCCAUUUAUUUGGCAUGUGUUUCAACUUGAUUUUCUUUUUUAAUUAAUUUUGAAAUUAUCUCACACAAUACCACAGAGUAUUGAGAGGCCACCAAAUCAGAUACGUACAGUAUGGCCUACUUUUUAAAAAAAUAUGGUAUUUAAUGCUGCUUCAAGUAUUGAUAGUAUUGAGUUGAAAUGAUCACAACGUUAAACCAAAUCGUAAUGAGAAAAGCAUGGACUGUGCUGAUUUAAGGUGGGGGGAAAAAAAUACUGAGCUUAUUUCUGUUUGCAAGCCCAAAGACUUCGCGAUAAGAUGCACAUUAGAGACUCAUGGGCGACACUUAUUACCUGUGUAUGUUUGUAAAUAAAUUGCUUUGCUUGUUGAAUCAAAA